AUAUUAUGCUAGUUAAUAAAUAGGAACAAAACAAAAUGUGUUAACUAAUAACUUUUUUUCGAAAAAAAAUAAUGAAGGUGAUUAACCGGUUAGUGCGUUUUGAAAUCUAAAUUUAUGAGAACAAAGUCUAUUUUUCGAUAAAAAGAUUCGGAGUCACAGUACCAUCGAAUGCUGAAAGAGAUCUGUGCGAGACAUGGCAAAAGGUACACGGCAGAUUUGGAAGCCAAAUACACAGGAGGAACAGACAAGGAGAUCUGCACAAACUUGGUGAAGGAACUGCACAUGAAUUGCUCAGCAGAUAAGCUGGAGGCUGAACUACGUGAGCUGUCUCGAGUGAAGCUGCCUCAUGCGCCAUUGCAGAAAGGAGCUGAAAGGCUGCUAAAACAUCUGCACGCUACCGGCGUAUCCUUUGCUUUAGCUACCAACUCUACAAGAAGAGCUGUCCGCCUACACAUUGCUGCUAAACCAAAAAUUUUCGCUUUAUUUCAUCAUAUGGUUUGUGCGGGUGAUCCUGAUGUGGAUCGCGGGAAGCCACACCCUGACAUCUACCUAAUGGCUGCAGCCAAGUUUCCUGAUAAACCAAAGCCGGUUAAGUGUCUUGUAUUCGAAGAUUCAUUGGUCGGCAUGGAAGCAGGGCUUGCAGCUGGAAUGCAGGUUGUGAUGACGCCACCGAAGCAUAUACCGCCACAGCAAACCCGCAAAGCUACCCUCGUCUUGAAAUCGCUGCAGGAUUUUAGACCUGAAUAUUUUGGACUCCCUCCGUUUCAGGAUAAUAUUAAAGGAAAACCAAUGAUCAAAUAACAUGAAGCAAAAGAAGACUUUAAUAUGGAUUUAGGUAACGCCGAAGACCAGUAGACAUUUUGCGCUAAUGAAAAAACAUGUUGCGCAAAAUUCUGAAGUCGUACAGAAUGUUUAUCUUAACUGAUUUGCAGGUUACAACGUUUGCGCAAGAUGCGCCAAUUUAGCGCAAGUACCAAGAAAUAUUCGAAUCUUGUUUCAGAAGUUUUUUUGCGCUAAAUUCAAAAUUUUCGAAUUGUUACCUAAAUGAAUUAUAGAAAGAUGUUUGCUCUGACCUUGCGACACUGGGUUGCCAUUUAAAAAUUAUGUUGGUGUUGCCGCGUUUUUGGUAUAACGAGAUUCUCUACUUAGUUUUAAGUAGGCCGCGAACAGUUUACGUUUUACUUAAAUAUCUACCUUUAAAAAUAGUCGUGAUCGGAUUCCAAGUCAUGCUAAAUACUUUUUAUUAUUUCACUGUAGCCGACGCACUAAUACAAUAAAACAUUUUGCAAAUAAAACGUUUUGGAAACAAAUGAAUUGAUAUUUUUUUAUUGAUGGGGUAACAAAAUGCUUUUCUACCCAGUAUAGUCGACGGCUCUGCUGAUGGAAAGCAGAGCAGAUUUGCG